AUGACUCUCUCCGACGACCCUAUAUCUCCAUCGACUCAAGAAUCAUCAAAUUCUUCUUACGUGCGAUCCAAGGAAGCGGAGAAGAAUAGUCCGAGCCAAGAAACAGAUGAAGAAGUCUUGAAGGGAUAUGAAUCGUACAGGGAAAACCCAAGUAACUACGACAAUGAUAAUAUCCUUAUAUACACAGACACGUUCAAUCUUUAUGAUGACAUGUUCGAAGGUUCUCUUGAUUCUACAAGGAACUUUGGUGCACAAAAAGAUCCUAAUGUGCUCGUGAUGCAAAGGCUGUUACACAACUCCGGAAGUCUAAUUGGUGUUGACAUGGAACAAGAUGGCAUAGAUUUAGCUACAUUGUUCGCUGAUUCUACUGAAGAUUCGAAGCUUCCUUAUGUUAUCUAUGAGGGUUUAGAAAUGCAGGGUGAAGGAUAUGGCACAAACACUCGUGGCCCUUUCGAAAACAAGAUUGAUAUUGGUUCUUUUGGAAAGAGUGGGUCGGUGAUGAACGUAGAAAGAGAGAAAGAAAAGAUUGUGAUGAUCCCUACCCCAAGAUUUGGCAACGCAACACCACAAUGGACCAUAAAGAAGAAACUGAGCUCGUACGAUAUUAGGCCUCGUUGUGGCAGACUUAUUCUGCAAAGUAGCUCCUUUAAUGAGCACAUUGGAAGACAUUUACCUAAAGACCAAAUGAUAAAAAUUAAUGUCGGAGUCAAUGUUAACGUAUAUGACUACGACACGGGCACAUUGCAUGAGCUGCGUCUGGAAUAUCAGAGGCAAUAUGGUCUAGCGCAUGGCUGGCAAGAAGAUUUUGUCCGCAGGAGACACUUGAAGCAAAAAGACGAGAUUGGACUCUUAUGGGAUUUUUCUUCUUCUAGGCUUCAAUUUGGCGUCAUUUCUAGGAACACGGGACCCGGACUCUGGGAGACCAAAGACUAA